CGGUGGGUUCGGCCACACUCCGUUUCGGCGACUCAGAUUCGGGAUGAACGACGAGGAAAUCAUAAAGCAGCGCCUACUGAUCGACGGCGACGGCACCGGAGAAGAUCGCCGCCUGAACGUGCUGCUGAAGCAGUUCCUCAAGUGGGCCAAAGCCAAGAACGAAUCGCCGGACACCAACCCUAUCAUGUAUGACCGCCUGAUGGCCCAGUUCGCCCAGUGCAAGCUUACCGCGAUGAAAAACGUCCAGACUUUGCAGAUGAUCGGCGCCGAGCGGGAGAACUACAGCAAGCUGGUGGAGCAGCAUGAGCAAAGCAUCGUUCUGGCCAAGGAGGAGAUUGAGGCCAGCAAGAAGGAACUCAUCACCGCCAAGCAGAUCCGCAAAAACAAGAUGGAGUACGACCUGCUGGCCUCGCUCAUCCAGGAUCAGCCGGACCGAAACGGCACCCAAAAGCAGAUAGAGACCAUCAGGAAGGAGAUCGAUGACCUGGUGCAAAAGAAAGUGAAGAUGGAGCGCAAGUUCCAAAAACGCCGCAACGACUUUACGCUCCUCAUGUACACCAUCCACGAACUGGAGCAGCAGCUGGAUCAGGACAACAGCUCCUCCUCGUCCUCGUCGUCCUCCUCUUCCUCGUCGUCCUCUUCGUCCAGCGACAGCGAGGCCCGCUCGGAGCCGGACCUGAACGACAACGGCAUCAUGGAAGUCAGCGACGAAGACGACGACCUCAACAACAGCAGCCCCACCAAGUUCGACGGAGUCCGCGGUGAGCCCCAGUUCCAUUCUGUCUCCACCGAGGACUCCAAGGCCAUGUCCGUCGAGGAGGAUACUGUGCUCGAACUGAGUAUCGACAAGGACGAGCACGACGUGGAUGUGACUGUGGCAAGUUAGGUUAAAAGAGCAAGUGUUCUUAAUGCAUAACAAAUUAUAAUAAAAUGAAAGAAAACAAGAAAGGAAAGCUAACUUCGGGCGGAGCCGAAGUUGAUAUACCCUUGCAGAAUACUCUGUAAAUUAUA